ACGCUAGCCAUCCCCAACUAGAAAUGCCAGGUUGAACCUCGAAUUCUGUCUUCAAAUUUUAAACAGUAGCGAGACAAUAUCCCCUUCGUCAUCACCAUGCCAUCAGAGCUCUACCUCCACUUCAAGAAAAUACAAAAGUUUUGCGACGGGACGCCCGACAUAGAUCUUGCCGAUAUGUCUGGAGAUAACUUCGUGUAUGGUUAUUUCCUUUGGCCUGACUUUAGAAGUCUUAAGAACCCGCCAAUCUUAGAGAAUCAGCUCGAUAGCAUUGGUUAUAAUAUUGAUCUGACUGACUCUGAACUCACUGGUCCAAUUUUGGGUCCAGCCUUGGGUGACGAGGAUUUUCUUGUUCAGAAAUUGGAUUUGGAGCACAAAAGAAUCGCCGAGGAACCUUUUGAAAAUAUUCCAAUAGGAUUAUAUGAACAUAAAUUUUUUGAUGGUAGGAGGCAGAGUUAUGACACUAUUAUGAGGUAUGUUUUUGGUUCUAUUAUCAAGUUUCACCGUUUGAGACUGACUUGUUCUAUCCACGUAGAGCUGGAGAAGGAAUGCAAAUACCAACAUGGACACAUAAAGGUUUCGAUGUUCCCGUUGAUAAUGAGGACGUUAGUCUUUCAUCCGCUCCUAUGGCCCUUCUAUCGUCCUUUUCCUAAUCCUUACCCAGAACCUUUGGCAAUAUUUUUACUAAUACCUGCUGCGCAGAUCGCUUCGCUAGAUCAUCAGGAAGUUCGCAAAGCUCUUAGAGACUACGACAUGGCCUACCACACCAACUAUCUAAACUCAGCUUUCCAACCAGAAGCUACAUCAGAUCCACCGCCGAAACCUAGUGCUAUGACAAAUUGGUAUCGAAAGGGUCCCAUAGGGUGUGGCCCAAAACCUCCUCCAAAAGUGCGACAGGAUGCCGCGGAUAGGAUUGCUGAGGAUUAUAGAUUGUUUCUUCAAGAAGUUACUCCAGCCAAAAAUAAUUGGGAAGUUGAGAUGAGUGGAGCGAAUACGAGCAAUGAAUUAGGAACUGAUGAUACAGAAGAUACCCUCGUGAGACGCACUGCAAAUGAUGCUCCUGGUUCUUCAGAAUGUAUCACUGGAGCGGGUAUAGGAGUUGUCUCUACAAAUGCACCGGAUGCUGCUGGGAGCAAUACACCAGGCCCACUUGGGUACAAUUUUGGAGUUGGCGGAAGAAGGGGUAAGGUUAGCCUUGUAGGACCUGCUAGAUACAGCUUUGGAUCGAUCCGGAGAGAUACUGUUGGUAUGAGAGGAAACGAUGGAAGAAAUAAUUCGAACAGUUCUCGGCGUCUUUGUCCAGAACAUGAUUAUACUUCAAGGUCCACAAUGUAUCUCAGCGGGGAUUCAUCCAACAUCAACACUCAAGCCAUCAGGGGAAGUCCAAUCUCAAUGUUUUACUCAUCAAAACACAUUUACCUCUGAAGCUUCGGGCGAAUGCAUCCUUCAAACACCAUCCGUGGCGCUAGAUUACAGCAUUAAAAACUUGGCGACUCCAAAGUAUUUGAUCAAAAAGGGUUCAGGAGAUAGUGAUGAUGGGGAGUGGCUGUCAGAAAAGAAGCAAAAGGCUACUAAGAGGAGUACCACUAGGAAGACAGCCAUAAAUAAGACUACCACUCUUGGGGAAGCCGCUCGGAAGUCCGACACGCCUAUGGGUGAGAAGGCAAACGAGUUUACCUCCAGCAGCGCUUCUACAUCCAAUCUUAUCAAACGCGCUGCCACCCUGAAGGCCAAAAAUCCGAAAACUGCUGGCCGCAGGAAUGCCGUCCCCAAGAAUGCCGCCGCCGUGUCAGGCAGCCCUAAAUUUGGUACUUUCCAUACUUCCAAAGCUAAACCCCCUGCAGCUGCUACAAUCUCAAAUCCUAACCUCAUCCCCAAAUAUCCCACGCCUCGAAAAAGUGCUUCGAGAGAAAGUGCAGAUGGAAGCUGGGAGCCCGACGACGAUGAUAUGCACGGUGCUUAAGUAUUUCUUUCGGGACUAUGUGGAGUCUUUUGGAUCUGGCGUAAUUGAUUUUCGGCUUUUGAGGAUACUCUGCUUUACUUUACGUUGA